CAAUCACAGAUGAGUGUUAGUGCGCACUCCUUUGGACGACGACCAUGGACUGGAGUAGUGUCCUUUUCGAUGUGAAAACUUUUAGCAUUUAGUUUCGACUCAAGAAAAACGGAGUGAGGUGGUGGAGCUGCUCUGAGCAGUAAUGGGGGAGAUAGAGGGUUCAUACCGGGUCCUGCAGACCCCUGGCACAAGGCUGGGAGCCCAGUUCAAUGCUGGUGUCAGCACGUUGGAGCCGGGCCAGAGCCUCAGUGGCAACAUGGCCAGCGGGAGCAAAAGCCAUGGGCGAGGACUACAGAUCCGUGUGCAGGGGCUGGACGAUUCCCAGGAGUUCUUUGAUGUGGACCCAAAAGCUUUUGGACAGGCCCUUCUCUCUGAGGUUUUCCUGAGAGGCAACCUCAUAGAGAGUGAUUACUUUGGCCUCGAGUUUCAGAACAUGCAGAUGAACUGGGUUUGGUUGGAACCCACAAAACCCAUUGUGAGACAAGUCAGAAGACCAGCAAAUACGCUAUUUAGACUGUCAGUGAAAUUCUUUCCUCCAGACCCAGGUCAGCUGCAGGAAGAGUACACGAGGUACUUAUUCUCCCUGCAGAUGAAAAGAGAUCUAAUGGAGGGUCGGUUGAUCUGCACAGAAAAUACUGGAGCCCUGCUCGCCUCUCACCUUGUCCAGUCUGAGAUUGGUGACUAUGAUGAUGUAGCAGACAGGGACUUCCUGAGGACGAACAAGCUGUUGCCUUACCAAGAGAAGGUGCAAGAGGGGAUCAUGGAGCUCCACCGCAGGCACCUGGGACAGACUCCAGCUGAAUCAGAUUUCCAAAUCCUGGAGAUUGCCCGUAAACUGGAGAUGUACGGAGUCCGCUUCCACCCAGCAGCUGACCGAGAGGGCACCAAGAUCAAUCUGGCUGUCGCUCAUAUGGGCCUUCAGGUUUUUCAGGGUCACACAAAAAUAAAUACCUUCAAUUGGUCCAAGAUUCGCAAACUGAGCUUUAAGAGAAAACGGUUCCUGAUCAAACUCCACCCAGAGGUCCAUGGUCCGCAUCAGGACACUCUUGAGUUUAUGAUGGCCAGUCGAGACCAGUGUAAAAUCUUUUGGAAGAUAUGUGUGGAGUACCACUCAUUUUUCCGUCUCUUUGACCAACCCCAACCCAAAUCCAAAGCUGUCCUUUUCACUAGAGGCUCUUCAUUCAGAUACAGUGGAAGGACCCAGAAGCAACUUGUGGAUUAUGUCAGGGAAAAUGGAGCAAAGAGAACCCCAUACCAGAGGAGGAACAGUAAAAUACGAAUGUCUGCUCGCUCCCUAGCCACAGAUGUGCCAAAACAGAGCUUGUCAUUCAAUGACAGUCUCAGGGCCCCAGGCUCCCCUUCCUCUGCUAUUGUGUCCUUCCACCCAGCACACAUCUCCAGUUUUCCCCCACGAAAAGAACUCCAACCUCAACCCCAGCCUUUGACCACACUGAGCCAGUCUCCAGCGUCUCCUCAGCAGCAGCAACAACAGCUUCAGUCCCCUCUUCAAGCUACCAGACCCCCCAGCCCUCCGAAGGAAGAACCUGUCAAGGCCGCUCCCCCAUCUCACUACGCUUUUCAAGAUUCAGUCGUGGACAGCCCCCAGCUCUCGCCCUUCAACUCCAAGGGUCCCCUCUGUCUGUCGCCCUCCUUCCAGAUGUCGACCCUCAGCCUGCCAGGCCAGGCCGUGUCACCCCUGCAAAGCCCCAUCCUGAGCGAGGUGGGCACCAAUGCCAGGCUAGAGGAGGAGGAGGAGGGCAGGAGGAAGCGAUAUCCCACCGAUAAGGCCUACUUCAUUGCCAAAGAGAUUCUGACCACAGAGCGAACGUACCUUAAAGACCUUGAGGUCAUCACAGUGUGGUUUCGCAGUGCUGUGAUCAAAGAAAACGCCAUGCCCGACGGUCUGAUGACCCUCCUCUUCUCCAACAUCGACCCAAUCUACGAGUUCCACCGAGGCUUCCUCAAGGAGUUGGACCAGAGGCUGGCUCUCUGGGAGGGUCGCUCUAAUGCUCACGUCAAAGGGGACUACCAAAGGAUUGGUGACGUGAUGCUGAGGAACAUGUGUGCUCUUAAGGAAUUCACCAGCUACCUACAGAAGCACGACGAGGUGUUAACAGAACUGGAGAAAGCCACUAAGAGGCUGAAGAAGCUGGAGACAGUUUACAAAGAGUUUGAGCUGCAGAAGGUCUGCUACUUGCCCCUCAACACAUUCCUGCUCAAGCCCAUCCAGCGCCUCAUGCACUAUAAGCUCAUCCUGGAGAGACUAUGCAAGCAUUAUUCUCCUUCACACCGUGAUCACGACGACUGCAAGGAGGCUCUGAAGGAGGUGGCAGAUAUUGCUACACAGCUCCAGAGCAGUCUUAUCCGGCUGGAGAAUUUCCAGAAGCUAACAGAGCUGCAGAGAGACCUGAUUGGAAUAGAGAACUUAACAGUACCAGGCAGGGAGUUCAUACGAGAGGGAUGUCUGUACAAGCUCACCAAGAAAGGGCUGCAGCAAAGAAUGUUUUUCCUGUUCUCAGACAUGCUGCUCUACACAAGCAAAGGUGUUACAGCGACCAAUCAGUUCAAAGUGCACGGACAGCUGCCUCUUCAUGGCAUGAUAGUUGAGGAAAGUGAAAACGAGUGGUCAGUCCCACACUGCUUCACCAUCUACUCUGCUCAGAGGACCAUCGUAGUGGCCGCCAGCUCUAAAGUAGAGAUGGGCAAGUGGAUUGAGGAUCUGAACAUCGCUAUCGACAUGGCCAAGAAGUCACAGGAGAAAUCCAGCAUCUUCCUCGAUGCUGGACUCAGCGAUCACUCCAACCGAUCGUCUGAUGAGGUUUCUCUGGAACAAGAGUCGGAGGAUGACAUGAACUCCUCCCGCACUUCACUGGAUAAGCAGACGCACCAUCGUGCCAACACAACCAUGCAUGUGUGCUGGCACCGCAACACCAGCGUGUCUAUGUCUGAUCAUAGCCUGGCUGUGGAGAACCAGCUCUCAGGCUACCUCCUGAGGAAGUUCAAGAACAGCAACGGUUGGCAGAAACUCUGGGUUGUUUUCACCAACUUCUGUUUGUUCUUUUACAAGACUCACCAGGAUGACUUCCCGCUGGCUAGUCUCCCGCUGCUCGGCUACACAGUCAGCACCCCAGAGGAGUCGGACAGCAUUCACAAGGAGUACGUCUUCAAACUGCAAUUCAAGUCCCAUGUUUACUUUUUCCGGGCAGAGAGCGAGUACACGUUUGAAAGAUGGAUGGAGGUGAUCAAGAGUGCAGCCAGCACUACAGGCCGGAUGAGCCUGCUCAUACCUAAAGGAGGUCCCAUGGAGAUAAACGGAAACUGAAACAAACACGAUGGUGUAUCUGGAGGCUGGGCCUCUGGCGCAUCAGAAUAGACUCUGUUCAGUCUCGCGCUCUGUGUUAUUUUUCAAGUGAAUCAAAGAUUUGGACGAUAACAAGCGGCGACUGAUUGAAGUGUUAACAUGAAUUAUAAUGAUCUGUGCGUUUUUUUUUUUCUUGAUUAAUGAUGUAAAUGAUAACAUUUGUGUCAGUAUACAGGAUAUAAUGAAAGGGAGACGUGUACAUUGUGAUCAGUUUGUGCAUGCGUAGCACUCAGUCAUACACAUAGACUGAUACUGUGGGAAAUAUUGUUGUAUGGGGCCAACUCAAAAACUUCAGUUCAGGCUUUUUAAAGGACUAUUCUCCUCAGCACGUUACAACUGAAGCUUUGUUGGGUUCAGCGUUGUGCUACAGCAGGAAUACAGAUGAUAUACAGUAAGUGGAAAAUGAAGGUACACCGGAUAGCAUGUGGAUAAAAUAUCCAGCUCUCUUCAUCUUUUGAAAGAGUCAGAGGUGUGUGUGUGUAUGUGUGAGGUGGAGGAGAGCAAGAAGGUUCAUGGAACGUUGAAAAUGGGUUUGAGAGCAGAAGUCGUUUAAUUUUGAGAGAAACGUGAGCUGAAUCAAACCUGUGUUGAACUGAAUCAGUAUUUAUUUCAUCAGCGACUGAGGCCAGUCCAGUUCGGAGGCUUUAUUUGCUUGUUAAAGGAAGGAUAAAAAGGAAGUUUCAAAAUGCUCAAAAGGGAGCUUCUCUGCUUAAUACUUGUGGUUAGAACGGUCAGUUUGGUGCCACGUUCUCUCUUUAAUAUCAUAUGUAAUCAUUUAUCCUGUUUUUGUUUUGCACAGGGAUAACAACAUGAGGAAAUACUAUAGUGGUUACUGUAGUGUUUUACUCUGUAAAAGUUGCAGAUUUUUCUUGUAAAAGCAAACCAGAAGAACAUAUUUUGAAGUUAAUUGUACCUGGUGUUAAUGUUUCGCUGUGUGUAAGACUGUUGGGAUCUGACAUGUGGGAGAUGUGUGUAGGUCUGAGCUAACAGGCACCUAUGACACUUAAUGUUAGUUAUUUAGUGCGCCACAUGCAACCAUGAUAUUGUUUGGUAUAUAUUUUUUAUGAAGACUGGAAUCUUUACCCUCUUGUGUGAGCGUGUAUGUGUGUGUUUGUGUGCAUGUGUGUGUGCGUGCGUGCGGAGAAGCCAAUGGUAUAGUCCUCCCUACACUCGCCUCUGGAGCUGUAACUAACAUAAGGUGAUGAUGGAGGUCAUCUCAAAAACUACGGGACAUUCUCUGUGUGUAAGAGGCUGUUGCACAGUUAACAAACAGUAUAUUACUCCUAUUUAUUGUUAAGCAUGUCAUCAGGGCCUCGCUCCUGGAUCCCCUCAUGUAGUCUUCAUGUUAUUCCAUUGAAAACCUAACAAAUAAAAGCUCAUUUGAAUGAA